AUGAUCUCGUCCAAGGAAUGGCAGAAAAUGGUCAAUGGAGAGCUCUAUUGGGCAUGGGAUGACGACCUCCAGGCCAACCGAGAGCGCUGUAGAGCGGCGUGCCAGCGAUUUAAUGAGGCGGGCCAGGUACCCAGACGGCGUCGGGUAGGGCUUUGGAGAGAUAUUGUCUGUGAUACACGCCCCGUUCCCCCAGUCCAUCCGGACUCUAAAGAAGAUGAGAAGCUAUUUGCCCAAACGGAUCCCGUCGUCGAUCCUCAAAUAUCCGUGGACCAUGGACAGAAUUUCAAAGUCGGAAAGGGGUCCUUCUUGAAUUUCAAUCUCUUGGUUCUUGAUACGUGCCUGGUCACCGUGGGCGAGCGAGUUCUGUUCGGGCCCAAUGUCUGUCUCUACAGCGCGACUCAUCCGUUAGAUCCGGCGGUACGACAAGGCCUCGAGGGUCCAGAGGCCGGGAAGGAGAUUCAUAUCGAGGAUGACGUUUGGAUUGGAGGCAGUGUGAUUAUCUUAGGAGGCGUGAGGGUAGGACGAGGAUGCACUAUCGGAGCGGGUGCGGUUGUAACCAAGGAUAUCCCACCGCUUCACUUCGCUGCCGGCAACCCAGCCCGCAUCAUCCGUCGGAUCGAGACCAGCAUGGCCUUGAGUGAUUUGAACACCGGACCAAUCGCGUGUUAA